AGGUUCAAGGAAUGGCGUACCAGAUGGUGACCACGCGCUCACCGACCUGUGCCCGCUGUCGCAACCACGGUGUCACCGUACCCCUGAAGGGACACAAGAAGCUGUGUCAGUGGCAGGGCUGUCAGUGUGACAAGUGCAUUCUCAUCCUGCAGCGCCGUCGUGUCAUGGCUGCCCAGGUCGCUCUGCGGAGGCAGCAGGAAGCUGAACUAAAGAGGAGACUUGCCCAAAGGCUGCUGAAAUUCGGGGAAGCGGAACGCACUGUGAGACAGUCCAUGAGUGAUGCCAGCGUGCACAGUGGUGGGCAGUGACUGAGCAGCGCAUUAGCAAUCUCGUUAGAGAUCUCUCAGCCUACUAUGGUAGUGCGUUUGUAGGGCCGUUUUAUUGAGUUCAUUCUCAGUUCUUG